CGAUGAUCUGCCAAGCCCUCCCCGAGCCAGCCGAGCAGCAGACCACACGACUACACACACACAAGAGCUCGCCCUUCUCUUUCGUCAGCUCACUGCUCAGUCUGUCAGUUGCUCUCGCGGCAGUAAAGUGUGAAAGAGGCUAUCUUCCCCCCAUUUUAAAACGAGUCGGCAAACAUGGUGAACGCCAAGCUAAUCUUCGGUGGAAUCGAGGGAGGCGGUACCCAUUCAUGGAUCGUCCUCAUGGACGGAAGAGGCGAGAAGGUGGCCGAGUUGGAAGGACCAUCAACAAAUCACUGGUUGAUUGGUAUGACAGAAUGCCAAUCAAGGAUCCGCCAGUUAGUCGAUGAUGCCAAGCAGAUGGCCGGACUCCCACAGGAUACCACGCUGGAAGGACUCGGCCUAUGUCUCAGUGGCUGCGAGGAUGAGGAAUCCAACAAUAGAUUGGCAGCAGGCAUCCUUCACACCUAUCCCAACUUAGCCAGAAACGUUGUUGUUGGUUCAGAUACACUGGGAUCUAUUGCUACAGCUUGCCAGAAUGGUGGAAUUGUUUUGAUUAGUGGCACUGGCAGCAAUGCAUUGCUCCUUAACCCUGAUGGCAAAACAUACCGUUGCGGUGGAUGGGGCCAUCUGAUUGGAGAUGAAGGUGGAGCCUACUGGAUCGCAGCUCGUGCAAUCAAGUUGUUAUUUGAUGAAGCAGACAACAUGGUUGAUCCUCCAUUCAGUACUACCGAGUUGAAGCAGAUUGUGUACACACAUUUUGAACUCCAGGAUAGGAUGGGAAUGCUGGACCAUUGCUACCGCUCAUUUCAAAAAGCAAAGUUUGCAGGCCUAACUGCAAAGAUCAGUGAAGGUGCCUCUCAGGGAGACCCAAUGUGUGCCCGACUUUUGUAUGAUGCUGGAUUUGCUCUGGGUCGUCAUGUCUCUGCACUGUCUAGGCACAUUAGUGAGACUUUAUUAACAACAGAUGAAGGACUACAGAUAGUUUGCUCUGGAUCAGUGUGGAAGUCUUGGGAACACAUGAGAGCUGGUUUUGUUGAUGGAAUCCAGCCUCGAUGUGAUAGAGACAGGGUUAUUGCCAAGUUUACUCUUCUGAGACUAGCGGUCGGUACAGUGACUAGUGCUCUUGGUGCUAUAUACAUGGGAGCAAAAGAAGCUGGAUAUGAUUUGCCUCGAGACUACACCAGGAAUGUGCGCCCAUUCUUUACUUAUGUCCAGCCAACUCCAGUGUCUCUUGCCAAGGUUGCUGCUCUUACUCCAAAAACCACCCCAAGAAAUACUCCAAAGAACACUCCAAGAAGCACCCCGCUGAGUACCCCAAAAAUGAGGCAAAAGUUCACUCAUGAUGUUGAGGAAGAAGAACAAGCCAAUGGACACAGCAAUGGGCAUGCUAAUGGUCACUCUAAUGGCCAUAGCAAUGGACAUGCUAAUGGACACUCCAAUGGGCACAGUAAUGGACAUGCUAAUGGCCAUAGCAAUGGGCAUGCUAAUGGCCACAAUAAUGGACACUCCAGUGACUAUGAACUUGGUUAUGCAGCUGGAUUUGCCAAUGGUCAGGCCUCAGUUUUUGAGAAUGCUCAUGCUAAUGGAGCAGGAAAUGGAUUCAACUGCCCUCAUGCUGCAAACCUCCUUGAUGCUUCUAGCAGCCGCUAGAAAGGCAUCCAAUUCCAGAGGUAUUUUAACUAGGCUCAUACUCCAAGCUUGAAUAGCUUGGCCAUUCUGUUAACCAAUUUAAGACAUAUCUUCAGAUAUGUUGUGGUUGACACAGAUUGCUGGUUUGAUAAGCAGUCAAAUAUCAAGCCCCUUAGUAACAACAUUUCCAAGAAUGGUGACAUAAUGACAUUCUAAAAUUAUUUUACAAGAAAACUGUAAUUCUACAUAGUUGUGAAAAUGGUGCAUUUUUUUACAGUUAUAAUAAGACCAGUUAAUUGUCUUGUUACUAAAAACUUGUUUCUGCCAGAAUUGUCUUUCAAGUAGGGUGAUGCCUGCAUGUAUCAAGUUCAUUUUUCUAUAACGUUUUCUUCAAAACUUUAAGAAUAGGAGUUAAGCUUCACUUUUAUUUCCAUUCCAAACAAUAAUCCACUAGUAUUUAUAAAUUUCAAAUGUAAAGAACGUCACUAAUCUAAACUUUUCUUUACCAAUGACUAUAUAUUUGAAAAUUAAUUGCCUAUUUGUCACUGAAUUUGCACUAAAUAUCUUUCCUGUUGUUACUGGAUAUAUUUAAAUACCUCUUCAUUAUAGUUUUAGUGUUCAAGCUAUUUACGUUGAUAUUUUAGUGGAAGCUUUUCAUCCAUACCAUUGUCUUCCACAUCUCAUUAAAUGACAUUGUACAUCAACAUACUGCAUUGUGCAAAAUUAUGUAAAUUUUUAAUAACUUGGAUAUUAAUUAAAGUACCUACAUUAAGUACUACUGUCUUAUGAGGCUAUUCUGUUGAAUAUAAUUAAUUAAAAAUGGACAUUUAACAGUAAUGCAAUCUUGUAAUUAUAUGGACAGAACUCUUUCCUCAAGAUGGAGAAAAUAUUGUUAUUGUUACAAGUGAUUAGCAGUUUGAUGGUACAAGCAUUUUCAAGAGCCUUUGCAGGUUUCCUAUUAACUGGGUUCUGAAAGAUGGUUCUGAAAUAUUAUGCUAAUUGUUGAAUACUGGUACUAUUUAGCAACAUAGGUCUCGAUUAUUUUUCAAAUAUAGCCUUUGUCUCUAAAGAUUUGUAAAUAUAUAAGGCCUGUUUAUCAGUGUUAGUUGCUUGAGGUUUGCUCAUAUUUUGCACUUGCAGUCAUUUCAUUCACAUUGCAUGUUAGAAUUGUAUUUAUUUUUCUUUGUAAAGAUCUCUUAGUUUGUGCUGGGUCUGAAAUAUCAGAUCUUUCUAUAGCUUCACCUACGAGAUUCUUAAGAUUUUAUAGCCUUGAGUUGACACUUUCUGUAGUAAUGUUUUGAAGCCUUUACUAUCAAGCAAAGAAGUAAAUAUCUGAAGGACCUCCAGGACAAUUCAGGGAGCCAAACUAGUGACUUAAUUCACCUAAGCUCAAGUUACAAAUUAUAAAAUAGCUCUUACAUGGGAAAUUCUCCCUCAUCUAUGUUUUCCAAGUUUCAGUGGGAAGAAAUAUGAACUUGUGAACCAUAAACUAUAUAAUUGCAAGUUACGGCAAUUCACUUUCUCGGAAAGUUUUAUGAUAUACUACACUGAAGAUAUAAGAAAUUUUAAAGCUACGUCUGCAUCUUUUCCCGUGAGAAACUGUUCUGGUCUUUUUGAGUGCCUAAGUCGAUAUAUUGUUAUUGGUGUUCAGAUUGUUACAGAAAAUGUCACUUCUCUCAAGUAACAGUUGUUUUCCUUAAGUAACCUUUUAAGUGAAGGGCACAUGACCUCUGUGAGGAAUGUUGCCUUAAUGAGUGAAGAAUGUUAGUUGGUGUGGUGCUGGAUUUAUCUACCCAACUAAGAUGUAUUUUUUGUUGUUGGGUGCAUAUUAUUUUUGUGUACAUCAUUUUGAUAAAACUGUACAUUCAGUUAUGCAAGUUAGGUCAGUUUAAACUAUUUUAAUUAGUUCUUACUUGACCUGAGCAAAAUAAAGCAAUAUUAUACUAGUUUAAUUUUUGCAUUUGAAGACUUGCUGGUACUUGUUAUGACUUUGUCUGGUGUGACAUUGUUUUGGGGAGUUAGAAGUUUUUGUGGUUAAAUCAUAAGCAUUUUUAUACUUCUAAGGAAAAUGUUACAAUUAAAAUACAAUGACAAAUGUACUUCAAUGUGCUGAACAAGAAGAGGCCAUAAGGAAAAGCAUAACUGUCAUCAUCAAUUUUUACUUAGAAAAGUAAGGAAAAAUUUGAAAGUUGGAAAUGAAAACACAGCACAAAUAUGUUAGUGUUUUCUUGUAAUAUACCAUGCACCAGUGAUUUAUUUUUUGUGGCAGUGGCCUUCAAAGUUCAGUAUGAAAUUUUCUAAAGGUUAAUGAUAAACAGCAGCAAAGAAAGGACUAUUAUGAAAAUAAUAUAUUUAUAAGGUUUAUAGUGUCUGUACAGAUUUGACUUCCUAUAAACUAUAAUUUUC